UCUCCCGAUUGCAGAGAUCAAAAUUGACGAUCUCAAAGCCUCCGCCUUCGACCCCCGCCGUCUCCGUUCAACCCUCCGCCAUCCGCCUGACCUCCCGCCUCCGACCUCCGCCGUCUCCAUUCAAGCCUCCGCCUUUGACCUCCGCCCUCCGCCUUCGACUUCAGCCGUCUCCAAGGCUCCGCUUUCGACCGACUUCAAGCCUCCGCCUUCAAGCCCGACCGACCAUCAACAGAGACCUCCGAAAGUUCUCCUCCUCGGUUUCUUCUAACACUGAGCGAGUCGAUGAUCGUGAUGGUCACUAAGUCGAUGAUCGUGAUGGUCAGUGACGCUGCUCGAUCUUCCUGUUGAACAAGCCCUAAUUCCUAUCUGGAGAGGGGGCGACGACAAUCCUCGGCGAUGAAAAUCCUCGGUGACGGCAAUCCUCGAUGAUGGUGAUCAUCGGUGAUGCUCCGAAGGAUGGAAUUCUCGAAAGCAUCUAAAGAUUCCCGAGAAGCUUUCUUAAAAGGAGAAACGAGCAAUCACUAAGAUCUCCAUGGAUUUCUUGAAUUGCAUGUCUACCAUCUCCCACAAGAGCUCAACCAUCUUCAAAUGCUGUCUAUUAUUGCUUGUGCUCCUUGCAUUUCGAGCUCUAAUGCUCUCUCCUAUACCAAAGAACUUCCCUUGGAUCGCUUCUUACCAUCUUUCAAAUCCUUCUCAUAACCCAAUCAGAAUCAACAAAUUUUUGGAGGUUCCUCAAAUUAUAUGGGGCUUAAACAAUCAAAAGAUAGCCUUUGCUCGAGCUUGCUUAACAGCCAGACUCUUGAACCGAACUCUUCUUAUGCCUAGCUUAACUGCCAACUUGAUCUACAAAGAAAUUAACGUGUCUGAACCUAUUCCUUUCAACAAAGUCUUCAACUUUGAGAAAUUCAACUCUCUAUGUACUGGGUUUGUUCAAUUAGGCCAUUAUUCCAGUCUUUCAAACCGAACCAGUCCACUUGAACUCCAGAAGGGAAGCGGAAGGAAGUGGACCAAGGAAAGAGAUUUGAGCCAACUACAGCAAUUCAAAGAGGGCUCAUGUGAUAAGUUUGAAGUCGUUAGAAUCAUUGGGAAAAACCCGUUCCUUUGGCAUGAUCAUUGGCCUGUAAAAGAUUAUGCAAAAGUUUUUCGGUGUUUGGCUCUGGUUGAUGAGAUAGAAGAAGAAGCAUCGAAAGUUAUCUCAAAGAUCAAAGGAGGGGAAAAUGUGCCUUUCAUUGCGGUCCAUAUGAGGAUAGAGAUUGAUUGGAUGAUUCAUUGUAAGAAAGUGGAGCAAAGGCUUCAUACAUUCCAAAUUUGUAGUAGCAAAGAGGAAAUAACAAAUAGAGUUGCUAAAAUCGCUAGUGGUCUACCAAGGCCAAUUCCAGUGUAUCUUGCUAUUGCCUAUAGUCUACUAAAGGAUGGUUCAAUACUUAGUGGUUGGGAAGAAGGUUUAAUUCCUUUCGAGAAGAAGAAAUUGGUGGUUUGGGAUAUUUAUCAGAAGUAUCCUUAUAUCAUCCAGGCUGCAAUUGAUUUUGAGGUGUGUUUGAGGGCUGAUGUCUUUGUCGGCAACAGUUAUUCGACUUUUUCGAGUCUAGUAGUUCUCCAGAGAACACAGAAUUGGAUUGAAAUGGGCAGUGGGGCUUCAUGUGGAGAUAAUUUGAGCUUUGCUUCAUACGCUUAUAAUAUCUUGGGUGAAGAUGGUGGUGCUCAGAGAUGGAUGACUGAUAUGUCAGCUUUGAGUCUUGAAAGUAUCAGUUAUGGGACUAAUAACAUCUCAUGUGAAAUUGGGGACAUGAGCUGAGUCUGUGAGAGGUGUACAUUUGAGGAGAGAAAUAUUCUUUAAUUGAUUUGUGAAUGUUAAAACAGAAGAACAUAGGAUUCAGUUAGAAGGCUUGCUCAUCUCUCUGUAUACUGUAGUUGUAUACACACAGAAUUCAACAUUGAGGGAUAUAUACUCAUUUGAGCUCAAGACUUUGUUGCAAAUUUUUUUUUUUCUCUUGAGAGUGCAUUGUGCGACUACUUUAGCAUUUUCUAAUGAUUAUUGUAGGAUAAUUCAAGUAUUCUCAUGGUUUACACUUUUUAGCUUUUUUGAAGCUAAAUUUACCAUGUAUUCAUUUUCAUGUAGUAUGCUUUUAACGGGUUGAAAAUUUAAUUGCAUU